AUGAAUUAUUAUUCGUCAAAUGUUGAUUAUGAUUUAAAUUAUGAUUAUACAAAUGAUGGUAACUAUUUACCAGCCCCGAUUUUUGAUCUUGUAUUGUGGAUGAAAAAAUUUUUGUUACUACCGAAUUACUUGUUUUCACCACUACAUUUGAUGGCAGGCCAUAUUUACGAUUAUCUCGUACUCAACGCAUUAUUUGAACUAGCGAAUUUAAGAAUAGCUGAUAUUAUUAAAAGAGAGGGAGGCAAAGUGUCUGUGAAAAGGUUGGCCGAAUUAACUGACACAAAUGAAGAUGUUUUAGGCAGAUUCUUACGAGCGGUAUCAACAAAAGGAAUCUUUUAUAAUCAUGGUAAUGGGGUCUAUUCGAAUAAUCGAAUGUCAUCGGUCUUAAGAGAUGAUCAUCCAAAUAGUGUGAGGUUAAUUAUCGAGAUGGGAAUUGAAGAAUUCUUUAAGGCUUCUAAUAACAUUUGUGUGACGUUAAAAUAUCCAAAUAAAUGGGACGAUAUUGAUGAUGAUGAUAAACAUGAGGAUAAAAUAAAAGAAAUUGUCACCCCUUGGAAGAAAACUUUUGGCAUCGAUAUAUGGGAGUAUUAUGCUUUGCUGGAAACAAAGAUAAAUUAG